AUGAUUGCCAGCAUGGACUUGAAUGCCUCGCCACAGCCAGAAGAAGAUGAAGAAACUUUUGUACCACAUUUUGAAGAAGAUAAUGCCCCAGAGGAACAUAUUGAACAUAUAGAGACUGGAGCUGAUAUUGCCCGUCGGGAGCGUGAGGAAAGACGUCAGCGUCUACGAAGAGGACGCGAGGAUGGGAGACCAACUUUACAUGAUGGGAUGUUCCAAACAAAAAAGCAAAGAUCUCAUGAUAGACUUCCGCCAGGUUGGUUGGAUUGUCCUGCAUUUGGUCAGGAAGUCGGUUGUAUUAUUCCUUCAAAAGUUCCACUUGAUGAAUCCUUCAAUGACUAUGUUGUCCCUGGUAAAAGAUACUCGUUCAGGCAAGUGAUUCAUCAACAGAGAGUUUUAGGAAGAAAGCUUGGCUUGGUGAUCGAUCUUACAAACACUACUCGUUACUAUUCUAUCGCAGAUUGGAAGAAAGACGGUAUAAAGCAUGUUAAGAUUUGUUGCAGGGGGCGUGAUUCUGUACCUGAUAACGAGUCUGUAAAUCAAUUUGUUUAUGAAGUUUCACAAUUUCUUGCCCGACAGAGACCGCCAAAAAAGUAUAUUCUUGUUCAUUGCACCCAUGGACAUAACCGAACUGGCUAUAUGAUUGUUCAUUAUCUUAUGCGUACAACAUCAAUAUCUGUCACUCAGGCAAUAAAAAUCUUUGCUGAAGCACGUCCGCCAGGGAUAUACAAACCGGAUUAUAUUGAUGCUUUGUACACCUUUUAUCAUGAAAAGAAGCCUGACGGAGACAUUUGCCCUGCAAUUCCGGACUGGAAAAGGUCAUCUGAACUUGAUCUGAAUGGUGAUGCAAUUCCGGAUGACGAUGAUGACGGAGGUUCUGCUGCUCCUGUGCAUGUAUGGUUUUCAAAAGAAUUCUAUUAG